ACCAUUUGUUUGGGUACACGUGUCGGUAGGUGUAAAUGCUCCGUGCGUUUUACUGCAUCCCCUCUCGACAGUGAGGGACGGGGUAACACAGGAGUGGUGUGAGGGAUUUAUUGAUCGAAUCUCUUGAUAUGGAGAUACUAUCUACAGUGAAAUAUGGCGUCGAAUGUUCUAGAAGGAUAAUAACCUCCUUCGAACAUUAACGUUGAAACGUGCCGCCCGUAAUGAAAAAAUCAAAUUCGGGAUAAAUGGUCGCCGGUACCGCGUUUUAUUGAAAUGGCCAACCGUACUAUGGCAGAAAUCUGGCACAUUAAUAAUUUGUUAUCUGGAGAGCGCUUCCGCUACGUAAUAAGAAUGGGAAAAGAGAAGAAAUUGGAUACAGAGAGGUCUGCAAACGGCGAUAGCGUGGACGACGAAACCAAAAAGAAGAAGAAAAGUAAGAAGCAUAAGAAACAUAAACGCACUUCAGAAGAGUCUGGAGAAAAGUCGCAUAAGAAGAAAAAGAAAUCCAAGAAAGAGAAAUACAAGAGUCCAAAAGAAGAGAGUGAGACGUCUUUGUCCGACGUUGAGGAGCUGAUAAAGAAGGGACGCCAUCAACUUAAGAGACCGAACCUUAUAGUGACAACAAAAACAAGAAAUGGGGAUGCCUCAGGCAAAGGUCCAUUUCAUGGCAAAUCCUAUAUACGAAAGGUCGAAAAACAAGAGACUUUAGAAAUUUUAUCUUCUAACUCUGAGACUGAAAACUAUCAAGAAGACUGCGCUAGUCCUGAGCUGAUACUGAUAGAAGACGAUUUGAACCUUGAAGAUUUAAUGAAGCAAAAAGAAUUACUUCAAGCCCGCCUCAUUGCUUAUUACUCCGAAAAGAGUGACGAUGAAGCUAAUAAAGAAGAGAAGUUGAAUGAAGUUAUUUGUAUAAAUGAUGAUACAAGGUCACCGAUUAUUAAGAAACCAAAAAAAGAAAAAGAACACGAGCACAAAAGAAGUGGCAAGCACAAAUCUAGUAAAGAUCACUCGUCUGAAAGAGAAAAGCAUAAAAUUAAAAGACAAGAAGAAGAUUUACGUGAAAUUAUCAACAGAGAAAGUCGUAAACAAAUGGAACGUAGAUUGGAGGAAAGAGAGGGUAGAGAAAGAAAAGAAAAAGAACGCCGAAAGAUAGAGGAGAGAGAACGAGAAAGAAGAAGGGAGCGUGAGAGGGAAAGAGAAAUUAGGGAACGGGAGCGAGAGCGGGAACGUGAAAAAGAGCGCCGAUCGUUAGAAGCCAGGCGAAGGGGAGGAGAACGAGAGCUUUUGAGAAUAACGCGACGGUCGCGAGAUAGAUCGCCGCUAGGACCGCGAAGAGAUCAGAGGCCUGGGGACCGCGAUCGACGAUCUCGCGAGCGUAUGCUAGAUAGACGAGACAAAUCCUCACGGUCCGAUUUACGGGGCUUCAAGGGCAUCGUCGACGAAGUCACUCAGAUUGUACCAAGUUCAAGCGAUGAGGAACUCAACAUAUCAAUUAACACUGAUGAUGAUGAGGAGACUGAGGAGCAGAUCAUUGAAAGGCGGCGGAAACAAAGAGAACAACUGAUGAAGCGUCUCGGUAGCGACAAUGCUGCCGUUAAACCUGAAGAAGCACCAAGAAAAUCUGCCUCACCGAAAGAUCCGAAAAGUAGCGGUAAAAAUGCUUCGGAAACAGUUGCGGAGGUCCGAGUAUUGAAAGAAACUGAAACCAAAGACAAGAAAUCGACUAAAGAAAAAGAAAGCAAGCCAGAUAAGGCUAAUAAUGACACAACUCGGAAUACGAAUGAAACAAAGUCUGAUACCAAGGUGGAUAAGUCCACAAAGAGCGGAGAAUGGGAUAUGUUUGCCGAUCAGGAUAACUUUGAUAGUGUUGAUACGCCAACGGCAGGAAAGCCGAAAAACAAAAGCGCAGCAGAAAACCCUUCGUUGACCGACAAUUGGGACGACGCUGAAGGCUAUUACAGAGUACGCAUCGGUGAGAUGCUGGAUAAUCGUUACACUGUGUACGGAUACACUGGGCAGGGCGUUUUCUCUAACGUGGUGCGCGCUAGAGACCAGGCGCGCAACAACACUGAUGUGGCCGUGAAAAUCAUCAGGAAUAAUGAGAUUAUGCACAAGACAGGGCUACGAGAGUUGGAGAUUCUCAAACGUCUUAAUGAUGCUGACCCAGAAGAUAAAUUCCACUGCCUCCGCCUGUUCCGUCACUUCUUCCAUAAGAGACAUUUGUGCAUGGUGAUGGAACCUCUUUCCAUGAACCUUAGAGAGGUUCUCAAGAAGUAUGGCAAGAAUAGCGGCAUACAUAUCAAAGCAGUACGGAGCUACACACAACAGAUGCUAUUAGCUCUGAAAUUAUUGAAGAAAACUGGAAUAUUGCAUGCAGACAUUAAACCAGAUAACAUUCUUGUAAAUGAAAACAAACUGAUGUUGAAACUGUGUGACUUUGGAGCGGCCGGGCAUGUCUCUGAUAAUGAAAUUACUCCAUACCUCGUGUCACGGUUCUACAGAGCUCCAGAGAUCAUUAUUGGUGUUUCAUAUGACUACGGCAUAGAUAUGUGGUCUACAGCAUGCACCAUAUAUGAACUGUCCACAGGAAAAAUUAUGUUCAGUGGCAAGUCAAAUAAUGAAAUGUUAAAGUAUUUUAUGGAUCUAAAGGGGAAAUUGCCAAACAAAAUUAUUAAGAAAGGAUACUUUAAAGAACAACAUUUCGACGCUAACUGCAACUUUAUGUAUCACGAAUUGGAUAAGAUUACUGAGAGGGAAAAGAUCGUCAUAAUUUCAAGUAUAAAACCAACACGAGAUUUGCAAACUGAGCUCGCACCACCGCAUCACCGACUGCCAGCCCCUGAAGCUAAAAAGAUUACACAACUAAAAGAUCUUCUAGAGCGCAUGCUCAUGUUGGACCCAGCCAAACGAGCUUCGGUCAACCAUUGCCUGGCUCACCCUUUCAUACAAGAAAAAAUCUAAAUAAGACCUAUAAGCUGUAAUUAUACAACAUGUUAAAAAAACCUUGUCUAAUUCGUAGGGUACGGCUGGAUAUUGAGAUUAGUGUAGGGAUGUAAUUCUGUUUACAUAAUAAGCUUUUGAGGAAACAUGAAAUUCAUAACAUAUUUACGUAGUAGUCCAAGAUCCCAGAGCCGUCAGACAUAAAAUAUUUUUACAAGCAUAUAACUUUCGCAUAUAAUAUUGCUAUAACAAAUUUUGUAAGGUGCACUAUUUUUUAGAGCUUUAAAGCGUCUGAUAAACGUUUUGAUCCAUUGAUUUCAGAGUAAUAUUCUACAAAACAUAUAAAAAUCUGUCAUAAAAAUUUACAUUAAGUAAGUCUAAUUUUUAGUUACCUUUCUCACUUGGUACGUGCGCAGGUGCCACUCGGCAAGCUCCACAAACAUUCAGGUAUUAAAAAGUAUAUACAAGACUAGUGAACCGAAAGUUAUAUGCUUGUAAAAAUAUUUUAUGUCUAGCGGCUCUGGGAUCUUACUCUAUAGGUAAUUUAGUUAGUAUCCUAAGGGAUACUAACUAAAUUACCUAUACGAGUCUUAACUCGUCUUAGUUUUUUGCGAUUAAAUUGCACUAGUUUUUUUUUUAUAUAUUUUCUUUCAUUUUCAUAACCCCUCUUUCGUGUUGGACAGGGUUUUUCUAGCAAGGUUAACCCUUAAAUAUGAUACUGACGAAAAUUGAUAAAGAUUUGAAUGAGUUAUGAACUGCGCCAUGUGUUUCACAUAUAUUCCAUCAAUGUAGUAAAAACAGUACAGUAGGAAUACUAUUCUUGCGGUAAAGCUACGAUAAAACAAAGAGUCUUGAAUGAAAACAAUAAUAAUAUUAUGUACUCGUAAAAAUAUUUCAACUGAUCACUAUCAUUACCAUUUACAAUUAUUCAAAUAUGAAUGUAUUUAAAAAGUGUUCAGUGUUCGUAUUUAGUGUCUAGAUAGAUGCAACGAAAAAAAAAACGUAAUAUUGGUAGGUACUUAAUCUUUUUAAUAUCAAUGUGUAUGGUCUUUAUAAACUGGUUAAUUACUUAACCAUUAAAGUCGUCACAAAAAAGAGGCCAACUCAGACAUUUAUUUUGUCAUUUUAUUAACUGUUUGCUCGACGUUCAUAAUAAGUUAUUUAUUAUAGUUAAAAAAUGAGUAAAAGUCGUAUUAUAAAUAAUAAUUACUCACAUUAAUCAUAGAGUUCAUAAAGAACAUCAUUUAUAAGCACCAAAUUAUUUUUUGCGGAAAUGCACUUAAAUGGAUUCGUCUACAGAGAGUUGUAUUUUAAAAAGCCACCAUUAAGAUGAGUAUUCAGGUUGGAUACCAUAGUGAUUUUACCUGUCGUCAUAUUUUCUUAAAACGUAGUCCUUAUAAUACAUUUUGUGCGUAUUAUAAAAUAUUUAAAGAUAAAAAUCGAAUCACAAAUUGGUUCAAUUUAUACUAUAGAUAACAAGUCCUACCUGACUCACUGAGCCAUCUAAGAAAUUCUUAUUGUAAACCACCCCUAACUGUACACUAAACUUCGUAAAUAGGCUAAUGACUUAAAACAAAUAAAGUUUAUUGUAUAAUUAACAUCAAUCCGAGCAAAGCUGUUGUGUUUACCACCGGUUCUUGAGAUAUUACUAUAUUGUCAGAUCCGGUAGUUACAAGUUCUAAUUUACUUCGAUAUGACUUGGUAAUCGAUCAUAAACAGUGUCCAAUAUUAUUUACCUCUUACUAUGUAACAGUUGUCAGAGUUGACCUCUUAUUUUGUGAUAACUUCAUAUUCCGAUUACUCUUGUAAUACAUACUUAUAUAAACUGAUCUUCCUGUUUAGGUGCUAGGUGGCCAGAUAUCACUGAUAAAGUGUUUAUUCGCAUGUUAUUCUUAUUCAUAUAAUAAGUGUCUAUUAUAUUGGAAUAGCCAUAAAACUUCUGUGUGUACUUAUAUGAUACAGUAGUCAAUUACCCCCUCUCCAAUGCCACCUAGCGAUAGUCUAUGUUUUAUCCUGGUUUCGUUUUUGUAAAUAGUCUAUAAAUUAUUAGUUUAGUUAUUCUUUCUUAGUUAUACUGCUAAAUGGACAUGUUAGGUUACUGGAAUAGUUUAAAUUCCUAGAAUAUUAUGUACUUUGAUAGUUUCCAGGGUGUUUCAAUUCAGGUGAUUCAUAUUACAGGUUCGGUUCUUCUCACUGAAAUUAUUCCAUCGUUGACCUUAAAUUAUUUAACUGCCGUUUGUUAUUUCAUUUCUUCUAGCCGUGUCAUGAGAUGUUGUUGACUUUGUACAGUUCAAGUGAAUAAAAUACAUACUAAUAAAAUUAAAA